GGCCCGCUGGGCAGUACGGGCGGUGCCCGCGUCAGUGGUCGACUGUGACCUGUGCUUCAUUUCUCCGUCGUCACGGGAAAUAAAUCUCUCGAAGCCGACUGGUCCUCUCCUGGAAAGGGGGCAGAUAUUCAGGACCCCUUCACCUUCCUUCCAGUGGACAGCGAGCCUGGCAUCGUUGGCGUCCGUGGUUGCCAGUUCUUCCAGGAGCUUUGCCACACUGAAAAAUGGCUACUGGACAGGACCGAGUAGUUGUCCUAGUGGACAUGGACUGUUUUUUUGUUCAAGUGGAACAGCGGCAGAACCCUCAUUUGAGGAAUAAACCUUGUGCGGUUGUACAGUACAAGUCAUGGAAAGGUGGUGGAAUAGUUGCAGUGAGUUAUGAAGCUCGUGCAUUUGGGGUCACUAGAAGCAUGUGGGCAGAUGAUGCUAAGAAGUUAUGUCCUGAUCUUCUGUUGGCACAAGUUCGUGAGUCCCGUGGGAAAGCUGACCUCACCAAGUACCGGGAAGCCAGUGUGGAAGUGAUGGGGGUAAUGUCUCGUUUUGCUGUGAUUGAACGCGCCAGCAUUGAUGAGGCUUAUAUAGACCUGACGAAUGCUGUACAAGAAAGACUACAAAAGCUACAAGGUCAACCUAUCUCAGCUGACCUGUUGCCAACCACCUACAUUGAAGGGUUGCCCCAAGGCCCUACAACAGCAGAAGGGACUGAUCAGAAAGAGGAGACGCGAAAACAAGGCUUAUUUCAAUGGCUUGAUUCUCUUCAGAUUGAUAACCCCACCUCUCCAGACCUGCAGCUCACUGUUGGAGCAGUGAUUGUAGAGGAAAUGAGAGCGGCCAUAGAGAAGGAGACGGGCUUUCAGUGUUCAGCUGGAAUUUCACAUAAUAAGGUCCUGGCAAAACUGGCCUGUGGACUGAACAAGCCCAACAGCCAGACCCUGGUCUCACGCGGGUCAGUCCCACAGCUCUUCAGCCAAAUGCCUAUUGGCAAAAUCCGUAGUCUUGGAGGAAAACUCGGUGCCUCGGUCAUUGAAAUCCUGGGGGUGGAAUACAUGGGCGAACUGACUCAGUUCACUGAAUCUCAGCUCCAGAGUCAUUUUGGGGAGAAGAAUGGAUCUUGGCUAUAUGCCAUGUGCCGUGGGAUUGAACAUGAUCCAGUUAAACCCAGGAAACUACCUAAAACCAUUGGCUGCAGCAAGAACUUCCCAGGAAAGACGGCUCUGGCUACUCAGGAGCAGGUACAAUGGUGGCUUUUGCAAUUAGCCCAUGAACUAGAGGAGAGACUAAUCAAGGACCGAAAUGAUAAUGACAGGGUGGCCACCCAGUUGGCUGUGAUCAUUCGUGUACAGGGAGACAAACGUCUCAGCAGCGCACGCCGCUGCUGUGCUCUUACCCGCUAUGAUGCUCACAAGAUGAGCCGUGAUGCAUUUGCUGUCAUCAGGAACUGUAACACUUCAGGAAUCAAAACUGACUGGUCCCCUCCCCUCACAAUGGUCUUCCUCUGUGCUACCAAAUUCUCCACCUCUGCCCCUUCAUCUUGCACAGACAUCACCACCUUCUUGAGCAAUGACCCAAGUUCUCUGCCAAAGGUGCCAGUUACCAGUUCAGAAGCUAAGACCCAGUGUGGCCCAGCAGUGACAGCCACUAAGAAACCAACCACUUCUCUGGAAUCAUUCUUCCAAAAAGCUGCAGAAAAGCAGAAAGUCAAAGAAGCUUCACUGUCAUCUCUUACUGCCACUACCCAGGCCCUUGUGAGCAAUUCACCAUCCAAGGCCUCCUUACCUUUCCAAACCAGUCCCGCUACGGGAACUGAGCCCUUCUUUAAGCAGAAGAGUCUAAUUCAAAAGCAGAAACAGCUUAGUAAUUCUUCAGUUUUCUUCCCUCCACAAAAUCCACAGUCUAGCCCUCAGCAGUUAACAAACUAUCUUCCAACAGAGUAUCCAGAUUGCACCCCUGUCUGUGAAGCAGCACUGAAGCUAGGAUCCUCUGAAACAACUCCUACAGAGAUGGAUUUGGCUCAGAACAGCCCAAGCAGGCUUGCUUCUUUAGCUUCCAGCUCUGCUCUGGAGGUGGCUCAGAAAUCAACUAUUACCCCAAGUCCUGUGGCAUCUGAGGACCAAAUACCCUGUGAGAAGUGUGGCUCUCUGGUACCUGUAUGGGAGAUGCCGGAACACAUGGACUAUCAUUUUGCAUUGGAGUUACAGAAAUCCUUUCUGCAGCCCCACUCCUCAAACUCAGAGGCUGUUCCUGCCAGUUCUCCUCAAAGCAAAAGAAAUCCCAAGAGCCCUUCAGCCUCCAGUAAUAAACGCCCUAGGCCUGAGGGCAUGCAGACAUUGGAAUCUUUCUUUAAGCCAUUAACACACUAGUGCUGCCCUCAGGCUUGCUGCAGGGUUUUAAUAUUUUACCUGUAAACUAGGAGAUGGAAAUAUGCUCACUUUGCAAGGAAAUCCAUAACUUCAUGAAAUUUUUAGUAAGAGAAACAGUCCAGUUAGAUGCUGACUUAAAACUCCCCAUCUCUUCACAUGUAUGGAUUCCAAUUCCACUGCUGACAGAGAUGUAAAAACUGACUUAUCUUGCAGAGAUACCACUGCUUUGAGUUUCUAACCAUUAGAGUUUAGGGAGGCAGUGUCAGAGUACAAAUAUGUGGGCCUUGAAGCCUAGGGGAGGCACUUUCCUCACUUUUCCUCAUCUGUACAACUGAUAAACUUUACAGAUUUAUGGGAGAUUAAGGACAAUGUAUUUAGAGUAUGUGGCUUAAAGAUGGCGCAAAAAAGCUGAGUGAGAAAAAACAUUUUUUAAACUUUUCCCCAGCUCUGUGACAGGGGCAGUUCAGAUAAUGGCUUUGACCAAAAUUUGAGGUUUGAGAAUGUGAGGUGAAGACCUAAAGUGGUAACUGGUUUAGGGCAGGGCUCUGUACACAGCAGCUGCUCAAUAAAUAUUGAAUUUCAUACAAGAAUAUCCUAUUAUGGCCACAGUUUUAGCCACUGGCCCUUCUACCUCUUGCAAUUGGUCUAAUGUAGAAUCCGAUUGUUAAUAGACCAGUUCAGGAACUCUGUUUAGAUUGGUUAAGUCACGAUCAGAACUAGAUCAUCUCUAGAUUCAUACUAGGCAGAGUGUGAUUUUGAGGGUCAUCAGGGAACUUACUAGAAAUUGUUUCAGCCUCACCUCUACCCCUGCUGAAUCAGUAUCCGUACAUUAAUAAGAUUCUCCACGGUGUUUGAAAAACACUGAUCUAGAAGAUGCGGUGGCCAGCCAGGUUUGUAGAGUGCAAUGACAUUUCCUUAAACCCUGAAGUACAAAUUUAAGAGGUAGUGCUUGGCUUUCAGGGUCACUGGCCUGUUCUUCAUCUCUUACCUUCUGAUGUUUGAAUAUUGAGCUUAGGGUUUACUGUAGCUUUCUGCACUUGUCCAUGUUUAUAAUACUGUAUUCUUAAUCUGCGGUCUUCUAUGUGGAAAAUCAGCUUUUUUGAUACGGGAAACCUUGUGUUACAUAGAGAACCCAACUGCAGAUGAACUGAACUAGGUGGUGUUGGGGGAAGUGAGUAGGAAGAAUGGUUUAUGUAUCCCCCCUCUCAUACGUCACCCACCGCUCUUCAAAUUUAUUUAUAAAUUGGGAGUCUAUAUUUAGUUUGAAGAAGAGGGUAGCAUUUGAAAAACACUGUAGCAAAAAAAUUACUUCUUCCUUCAAAAAUAUUUUCCUCUUAUAGCAGUUGAAUAAUGUGUACAUGGCCCUUUUCCUACUAGAUUUGUAGUUUCUUGAAGGCAAGAAUUCUCUAGUGCCUUGCACAUAAUAGGUGCUUGAUAUUUACUGGGUGG